UGCAUGCCAGGCCAGUGAAACCUACAGCUGGCCAUUCUUUAAGGACUUGGGAGGGAUAGACACACCUUGCUGGGUCCUCAGCUCAAGGAACUGGCCUUGCCAAGGGGGCAUUGCCCACAGCCCAAUGGAGUUUCAGACAGCCCUGGAAGACUUCCAGAAGGAGUGUGGCUGCCCCAUCUGCCUGAAUUACUUCAAAGACCCAGUGACCAUUAACUGUGGGCACAACUUCUGUUACUCCUGCCUCCAUACAUCCUGGAAGGAUCUAACUGAUUCUUUCCCAUGCCCUGUCUGUCGAUUUGGCUUUGCUUCCAAAAACUUCAAGAGGAACCUCCAGCUCCAGAAUCUGACUGAAAUUGCUAAACUACUCCAGGUCAGAAGGAGCAAGAGGAAAAGGGAGGAAGAGAAUCCUGUGUGUGAGAAGCACAACCAAUUCCUGACCCUCUUCUGCGUGAAGGACCUGGAGGUUCUAUGCACCCAGUGUAGCUUCUCUGCUGAACACGAGAAGCACUACAUUUGCCCCAUUAAGAAAGCUGCCCCUUAUCACAGGAAAAUUCUAGAAGGCAGCAUUGAGCCCCUGAAGAAUAACUUGGAACGAGUUGAAAAAGUGAUAAUUAUGCAAGGCAGCAAAACCCAAGAGCUGAGAAAGAAGGUAGAAUAUAGGAAAGAAGAAAUAAAUUCAGAAUUUGAGCAAAACAGACUGUUUUUACAGAAUAAGCAAGAGGCUAUUCUUAAGGAGAUGCAAGAUGAAGAGAUGGACAUUUUAACAAAACUUAAUGAAAAUGUCGCCACACUUUCAGACCAUGCCUCCACAUUAAAAGGUCUACUGAAGGAAGUCAAGGACAAGUGUGCCAGGUCAGACCUGACGCUGCUUACACGCGUUAAGAGUAUCUGCAACAGGUACCGAAGCUUAAAAUGCCCUGAACUCUUCUCUUUCAGCUUAAAGAAAUACAGUUUCAGUCUUCCCCCACAGUAUUCUGGCUUGGAUAGAAUUAUCAAGCAAUUUCCAGUUGAAAUGACUUUUGACCUUGACACAGCACAUCCUCAUCUCACUGUGUCAGCAGAUAGAAAGGUGGUGCAUUACAGAAGAACAAGACAAAAUGUUUAUUACAGCCCACGGAGGUUUUAUCUCUGCCCUGCUGUCCUAGGUUUGAAGGCUUUUAAUUCUGGGCGACAUUACUGGGAGGUAGCAGUGGGGAACAAACCUAAGUGGACACUGGGUGUGUGUCAAAACCAUCUUCCUAGGAACUGGCGGAACCAGCCUGCGGUUCUGGGUGACUUCUGGGCCAUCGGGCGAUACAUUGAGAGUGGUUACAUUGCAUUUGGUCCUAGGAGAACCCGGCUUCUGCCAGAAGUGAGACCCAGUAAGGUUGGCAUUUUUCUAGACUAUGAAAUGGGUGAGGUCUCUUUUUAUAAUGUGAAUGAUAGAUCUCUUCUUUACACAUUUAAUGAUGCCUUUACCAAAACUAUUUGGCCUUAUUUCUACACGGGAAUAGAUCCUGAACCUCUUAAAAUCCUAUCGGUACCUGAUUAUGGAAAAUAA